CUGCAGUUGAACCUCUACAGGUGAGCAUCUGCUACCAUGCUCAGCAUCUACCUGGAUACUCAACAACACUGGUCAUAGAGAACCUGGAGCAUAAGGGAUACAGCAGAAUACCUAGCCUACUUGAUGCGGAGAAUAUCAAACCUUGUCUGUGCUUCCUAGCUGACCUACAUGCUAGAGGAGUCUACUUGUCUACACAGAACAACGAGACAAACAGCAAGAAAGAAAACCGGUUUAAAACUUCAACAAACCAAACCAAACAAUUCUCUACAAACAGCUUACAGAGACUCAUGAAAACAGGGAAUGAAAUCUUAGAUGAAAGAAAAGAACGAGCUUUACUUAAUUUACAAAGUGCCAAAGAGGUUGUUCUUUCUGAAUCCCAACUUCAGACUGUACUCAGAGCAGAGGAGUACAUACAUAGUACUCCACUUACCACAAUACAGAGUACAGAACCCGAUACUUUCAAUACUGUGUCUCAUGGAAGGUUUUCUAACAACGCUGUGCUUUAUAAACAGAAAGACGGUGAAGUAAGUUGUGCUGUAAUUGAUUGGCAAGAAGUCUGUUUUCAAUCUUUAACAAUAGAUGUCUCUACUUGCAUCUAUUCAAAUCUUUCGGAGGAGGAUUUUAGGGAAUAUGAAGACGACCUACUUGUUUAUUAUAUCGAAACAUUCAAUCAGUUUUUACAUCCUCUACUUCACUACCAGGAUCAGAUAAAAAUAUUAGAUCUAGAAGUAUUCCGACGAGAGCAGAAAAUAAAUAAAUUCUCUAUUAUUCUCAGUAUUGUAG